CAAAGAGAGAAUGAGAUAGUGAGAGAGAGAGUUCAUUGUGAGGGCUCAAGCGCACACUACACAGAAAAACUUUGUUUGCUUCUCGUCUUUGACAGCAGAAGAAGGCUACUAUAAAAUAGCGGAUAAUGUCAAUUUCCAUAUGGAAUUCCAUAUCUGCGAGGUAGGCUACAUCUCCUCAGAGCCUGAGCAGGUAUCAGAUUUUACUGCGUUCACUUGCUGAAGGGGUGCUGACGGAGUUGUCUUGGAAUCCCUCUAUUCUUUCAAUCCAUCUCUCAUCAACCUGAUCUCCCUACUACUACCUCAUCCCUCCCCUCUCCUCCUCACCCCUCCAUCUCCCCUCUCUCAGAGGGUUAUGGAGGACCCGGAACCCCCCUCUGUGGAGGAAGGUCCGUCCCUGCUCUGGCAGCCUGAAAAGAGGCGAAGCAGGAAGUCGGGAUGUUCCAACAUCUUCGCGGGGGUAAAUCUGCGUCAGCUAAGACGGCUGUUCCAUGUGGCCGGGGACCGGGACCCAGAGCAGCGGGCAAGACUGGUGUGGGGCAGAGAAGAGCGAGACAGAGGGAGAGAGGGAGGAGAGGAAGAGGAGGAGGAGGAGGAGGGAGAGAUGGAUGCAGGGCUGGCCCAGGCGUUGGUGGGGUUCAGGGUGAGAGCCAGAAGCAGGAGUGGUAUCAGGACGGAGGGACACAGAGAACCCAAGUUGCUGAAAGCAUUUGGACACCUCAGGAUUAAGGAGGGUUUGGACCACCCUGAGGACAAUGAAGAGGAGGACCCCAGUAAUAUUGGAGAGCUGGACCCCCUCCCUGGUGGGUCAACAGGUGCAGAAGGGGGCGCCCCGUCGACGGACGCACAGAGGCCCUCAGAGAGACCCCAUCUGGAGAGGCUGGGGGCCGCGACGAGGCAGGAGGGAACCAGGGACCCAGAACGCUACCUCCAUCGCAUUCUACACUGAGCCAAUGGAGAGAAAUGAGCGCUGGCCUGCUGAACUUAAAACGUGUUGUAAAGCUGCUCUGUGAUUGGUCCUUUUUCCAUUCACACCAAUCAGAGCGAGGUGUCAUUCAAUACAGAGUUGCCAUGUGUGGAGUUAAAUGAAGUACGUUUUCGACCAUACUGUCAACCUAACCUUACUUGUCGAGACGUUGUCACUUUUAACCAAAGGAAGGGAGAGAACUGGCAACAUCACAAUGACUGUUUGAGAGCAUUAUCAAUCCUGCUCAGUCACUGUUCACUGACUGAUCAGAGCAGACAGACCGAUCUACAACACUAUCGGCAGGUGACUAUGGCUGUGUUCGAGAGCAUCAAAACGACUGCAGGCAACUGUCGAAUCUACAAAUCACCUUGCAUCAAAUAACUCAUUAUUUGUAGAUCAGUCGGUCAGUUACAAUUUGCCCAUGAUACAUUGCGGUUUUGAUCCUCUCGAACACGGCCUGUGUGUGGUCCAAACAUCCCAAAGGCAUGGACUUCGUAGAAAAGCCAGUAACACUAGAAAUGGUUCUCUCUAUAACAAAGCUAUACCUGGUAGAUGUCCUACAACUAAACCUGAAAGGACUUGGACAGGUGUAAACAACAUGGGAAGACAUUUACACAGCUUUAACUGUGAUGUAAAACACAGGACAGUUGUCACUCUGUACUGAAAGUGAAUAAAUAUAAGAUAAGAUAAAAAUAAGAUUUAGUUUGAGUGAACUAUCCGCUUAAGGGUUAUGGUUGACACAUAAACAUGCAAAUCUGUCAAAGUAAACUUGCAUAUAUGUAUUUGUGUGCAUAGGUUUGUCUAACAAGGAGAUGAAUGUCCUCACCAGAUAAAGUGUGGGGAAAAUAAGAAAGAGUCUUCGCUCUAAAUAAAAACACAUUUAUCAAAACAAACGACAAGAUACAUGGUAUUAAUGUAAUACAGUUGUGUUAUAAUCUUUCAUUAAAUAUAUUACAUACAAAUUA